GCGCAAAUCGCUUUAAAUACUAGUUAAACGUGAUCCAUGUUUAGUUUUCUCUACGGUAGUCGGCAGAUUUCGCGUUUCUAUUAUUUCUGUUCUUCUGCGGCUUCCGUACUUCGCAACAUACUGAAAGCGCGUUGUGUACUACAUUUAGUGGUUAAAUAUCUCGUCGAAUUUAGCUUUAAAUCAUAUUUUGCUUAAAUAUACAUGUUGUGUGGUCGGAAUGGCUAAUGACAGGCUGAGAGCAUUAGAAGAUGUGGAGAAGGAGAUUGCUUUAGUGCUGCAGAGCGCAGGAACUAUCGUGCUGGAGCUUUCUAAAGAGAAGGCCAAUGCCAGUUUAUUAGACCGACAGUUGAAUCAGUUCCAGACCUCCAUCAACAGAGUUGAGAAUGAACUGAGUGCACAGAUCCGAUAUCUGACACAGGUGGCAACAGGUCAGCCUCAUGAGGGAUCGACAUACUCAGCCAGAAAGGACUGUCAGAUGGCCUUAAACCGUGCAGAAUAUGCCCGUGUCAAACUGGGAGAGUUGGGACGUACCUGUGAGAUGAUGCUUGAUCCACAGACGUAAAGACUUAUUAAAUGGACUGUUUCUUUGUAAUAUCUGCCAGCCGACUUCAUAAGUGUCUACAUGUUUCAAGACCUGUCUGAAUACCAUCCACAAACAACACUUUUUUAUUCUCCAUAGUCUAAGGAAAUCUUUUAUGACAAACCCAGUGAUUUGCUUUGAAUAUGUUCCCUGUCUUGUAAUGGCAUCAAAACUUUUGUCUUGUUAAGAAAUGUUACAUAUUUUUUGUUAUUGCUUUUAUUAAAUAGUUGUGACAAAAACAAAACAACAACAAUAAAAUAUUUUUUUUCACUAGUAA